AUGCUAAAAGAUCAAUCAAAAAUUGUAGAAUACGACAAAGAGGUUAAGAGCCUCAUUGACAACGGAAUUGCUGAAAUUGUGCCCAAUACCGAGUCUCCUAGGCCGAUUUAUUACAUGCCGCAUAAACCUGUUUAUAAAGAAAAUAAAAGCACAACGAAAGUGAGAAUCGUUUUCGAUGCGUCUUCGAGCGAAUCCGGCCAUAUUUCGCUGAAUGAUCACCUUAGCGAAGGUUCUAAUCUCAUUGCCGACUUAUUCACAAUGCUACUACGUUUUAGGGCAAAUCGUAUCGCUGUGGUGGGCGAUAUAGAGAAAGCAUUCCUUCAGAUUUUACUGGAUGAAGCCGACAGAGAUACCCAUCGUUUUUUAUGGUACAAGUCAUGUCCAAGCGCAGAUCAACAUAAGCCAGAUCUGGCAAUCUAUCGUAUGACUAGGGUUACAUUUGGCAUAACAUCAAGCCCUUUCCUAUUAGCUAGCACUAUACGUAAUCAUUUCGAUGAAAGUUUAAAAAGUAAUAGCUUGCUGUGUGAAAAACUCAAAGCGUCGUUUUACGUAGACGAUCUUAUAUUCAGCGAACCAACCAAAGAAGCAGCAAUGCAUGUUGCUAAACAAGCUCAAACCGUGAUGGAAGCUGCGAAAUUUAACUUAAGGAAAUGGAACUCUAACGACGUGGACGUAAGGCGAGAGCUUUCUACAGAGGAAGUAGGCAUGGCAGAACAAAAAAUUCUUGGGUUGGCAUGGUGCACAGUAAACGACAAAAUUUCCGUAGAUGUAAAAUCUUGUAAUGAUUAUAUCCAAACACUACGAGCUACAAAACGUAACGUUUUAAAAGCAAUGGCCAAAAUUUACGACCCGUUGGGGCUAUUGGGCCCAUUCACGGUUAGAAUAAAAAUUCUACUGCAAGAAGUUUGGCGUCAAAAGAAAGCAUGGGAUGUCAUAAUGGAUGGCGAAACUCAGAGUGCCUUUUCACAGUGGCAAGAAGAGCUUGCAUUACUAGAAACUUUCUGUGUUGAUCGAUGUUUGUCAGCAGGCAGUGAAUCGAUAUUGGAAUUGCACAUCUUUUCUGAUGCGAGCCCGAAGGCGUAUGGAGCAGUGGCUUAUUGUCGACAAAUAAUGCCAACUGGACGAAUUCUCACUAAUAUUGUGUGCUCAAAAAAUCGAGUAAGCCCAAUUUCCGAAAAUAAUAAGGAAGUAGAAUUAACGUUACCUAAAUUGGAGUUAACAGCAGCUUUGAUGGCAGCAAGAUUGAAAGAAACCCUUGUAAAAAGCUUGUGCGUUAAAAUAUCCGCAGUUUGUGGACGGAUUCAAGUAUUGCAUUAA